AUGCCAGGAAGCAUACGUAUGCCAAAAGGAACAGAACAUUUCAAAAGGAUACCAUUUCAAUUUACAGAAGAAAUAACUUCAAAAAACGUCUUUUUGAGACUACCUGAUGCAUUUUCACCUAUGGAAAGAAUGAUUCUUCAAUCUAAUGGUAAUCUCCAGAGGCUGUUGUCAGCAUACUACAAUGAACCAAGUCAAGCAGAGAUCAUAAAAAAUGAUAUGGUCAUGUCAUCGCCUUUUGCUCAAUAUGAUCGCGAGAUGCACAUGUUCUUUGCUAAUCAAUAUGUAUAUAAAGCAGAGUCAUUUCUAGUUGUGAAGGAUAAAACUGUUCAGGAUCUGAUUGAAAAGCAUAAAUACGGACUAGGGCAAUUGUUUAGUCACACCCAUUCCCUUCCUGAGUUUACCAUUCACAGUGUUGGAAGAUAUGGUGACUCCAAGGGUGCUAGCUUCUGGAGAGAUUAUAGUUUGAUCAUACCAAAUGUUAUUGAAUGCUUUAUUAGAGAAACAUUUAAAGAAAACCUGUUUGAAGAAUUUAAAGGAAAUAGAACAAAUGGCACAGUAUGGUUUUCAAAGGAUGUUACUGAAGAAGUAGAUUACGUUGAUAAAUAA